AGCUCUUGAGCCUCAGGCUUCGAUCCCCUUUGCAGCAGCAAAUGCUGUUCAGAGAGGGUCACUCUUCAGACUCUUCUUCAUGCUAGGGAGGUACCGGCCUUCGCUAAGUACACUUUGCACUCUGCAUCACAUCAGAACGUCCUGUUUCAGCGUCAGCAUUGCGGCGGACCAGCCCAUCGUGUAUGCUGUUUUCGCUGUCCAGGAUUGACCCAAGGCACACUCCACAUUCCCGACCGGCAUGGCGCAUUCUUGUGCAAAAGCAGUGGCUGGGCAGCUCGGACCACUUUCCUUAACACUCAAGCCACAGCUAGGGCCAGCACGGUCUGGGCGCCCGUCUACCGCAGUUCCUGGACCACAUGUGCCACUAAGAAAGCCAACUCCGGGAUACAGGUGGAAAUGCUCGGUGCACCAACAUGCCUCGGAGAGUGCGUGUGAGGAACGACAUUUGGGCUCAAGUUCAAUGAAGGGGCCUCUGCAAGCUAUGGAACAGUCUGGCGCUCCUGCCCGCCCCCUGUGGCUGCGAGCGGUCCCCUUGGCGGUGAUCGGCGCGUGCUGCUUGUGUGCGGGCGCCGCCUACGCGGUCAUGCCCCCACAGGAUUGCGCAGCCCUGCUGCCAGCAGAGGAGGCGCUCGACGAAGCAUUUGGCAUCGAUGCCAAUGCCAACACGGUGGUGCUGGUUGCCAGUGUACUUGAGGCGGUUGCACUGAUUGGGGCGGUGGUGGGAGGCGUGAGUGCUCGGAACCGCAAGGAGGAGACGGACCGGCUGAACCAGCAGCUGCGGCAGAUCAACCUGCAGCUGCGCCGGCAGGCGCGCGUGGAGAGCUACGCGCCGGGCCUCUCGUACGCGCCCGUCAGCGUGGUCAGCGGCAACGCGCUGGUGGCCGACCCGGCGCCCGUGAACGGGGUAUCGCACGAGCAGGCGGAUCUGCUGAAGCGGCUCAAGACGGGCAAGAAGUGGCUGCGCGAGCAGCGGCCCGCGCUGGCGCUCGAGGAGUUCAAAAUCGCACUGGCCCUGGCGCGCCAGUCGCAGGACGCCAACUGCGAGAAGAAGGCGGCCAGGGGCCUCGGUGCCUCCUGUCAACGCUUAGGUCGGUACAAAGAAGCUAUUGGGUAUCACGAGAUCGUUUUGAAGACGUCGGAGCGAGCGGGAGACACGUCUGGGGACUCGGAAGCAUACGGAGCGAUUGCUGAUUGCUACACGGAACUCGGGGAUCUUGAAAAGGCAGGAAAGUAUUACGACCAGUACAUUUCAAGACUACAAACUACCGAGAGUGUUGAUCUAGACAUUUGAGGCCCCUUUUGUGAAGCAGCGGGUACAGCUGGUUGGCGAUCUCUGCUUAAAACUGAUGAUUGUUUUGUGGGUCAAGUGGUAACAGUGAGUUUAGGUUCGCGACUAAUACCAAUCGUCGUUGACUGGUAAGCAUUGAGUGCACGCCGACUAGCUCACCAUGCAAAUUGUGGUGGAUGCGCUCAAGAGUACUGCUGAAGUCGCUCAAACAUGUCCCAUCGAACAUCUUCGGUGUGGAUGCUACUAUUCACUACCGAUCCACUCAUUGUUCGAUUGUCCGGCGAACAAUUCAGAUUGCAAGAUGACAUCGAUCGCCCAUUAGGCAGCCGAAUCUAUAUAUCUCCACUUCAAGCACUGCGGCAGGUUCGGAUGCAGGAUCGCGUCUAGUAACAGUGUCA